UGCAAGGCUGAAGCACAAAGAACGCUUGUUGCCCGGUCCCCGGGAGUCUCCCAGUGCUACCACUAGCUGGGGAGGACUGGUUACCAUGGAGGCUGCCAUCUGUUCUCUCCCCGCUGGAAUGUGAUUAUCCUCGCUGGGUUGGGAACCAGCAAAAGCAGGGGAGCGUGUGCUGUCGGCAAUUAUCCGCAAUGGAGUGCGUUAAUGGCAGGCUGGAAUUAGCUAGCUGGAGGAGAACAUAAAAGGAUUUUACCAAAACUAUUAAUGAUUUCUAGCCAAGAGGAGUAAGCUUUUUGCAAGGCAGCAGCAUCUGUCCAAAGUCCUUAAUAUUGUCUAGAUCUUGUACAACGAGUGCCACAACCAGGCUAGUUGAGCAGAAUGUACACAAUGAAGUGGCUCAGGGAAUAAAUGGAAGUGUGCCAGUCAAACAGUCCCCACAUUCAGCUUCAAAUCCAAAGCCACAAGUGCCUCCAAAGCCAAUUCAUCUGCAGAAGGUGUCACCUGUUACAUACCAAACCCCUAGGCAUAAAGCUUUAUCAAAUCAGAAACCAAGAAUGGAGGAAGAGACACCCACCCCUGUUUCUAGUGUCACAAAGGAAAAGUCCAGUAAAGUGUCAGAUCUCAUCAAUCGUUUUGAGGGAGGCAGCCCGUUAAAUCCUAGUGAUUUGAAGAAAGAUUCCUCUGUUCUCCACAUUUCUAAAUCUCAAGGAAGAUAUGGGUCAACAGCAUCACCUCAGCCAAAACUCCCCUCCCAGCACCCACUACAAAAACAGGGAAACAGUAAUACCGACAAAACUCAGGUUGCACAGCUACACACAGCCAACGGAGUAGUAGCACAAGACCAGACGGAAGAUGAGGACAGGAGGUUACCAGAUCGUAGCUCUGCUCUGUCCACCCUGGUUCCAGAUAAUGCCAUCAACAGCAGCUUGAUAAACGGGGAAAGAGAAAGUACUUCCAGAGAGUCCUUGCAAAGUAUGGCUGCCUGUGAAGGACAGAUGCUCAACAGCUGCUACAGGACUCCAAGCAGUGAUACACUGCUCCCAUCUGAAAAUGUAACUCUAGAAGCUAAUACUAACGUGAAGGAAGAACCAACUGAGGAAAUCAGCAAGCAGGAUCAACCUGUAGAAACAAAGGAGACAGAUGAACAGAAACGUCACAAAAUUGCCAGUGAACUUCUGCAAACAGAAAAAGCCUACGUUAGCCGACUUGACCUCCUAGAUGGGGUAUUCUAUUCCAGACUUCUUGAGGAAGCCAACAAAGGUUCAUUUCCAGCCGAAGUGAUUAACAAAAUCUUUUCUAACAUUUCAUCGAUAAAUGCCUUCCACAGUAAAUUCUUACUUCCAGAACUUGAGAAAAGAAUGCAAGAAUGGACUACCACCCCCAGAAUUGGAGAUAUUCUGCAAAAGUUAGCUCCUUUCCUCAAGAUGUAUGGAGAGUAUGUGAAGAAUUUUGAUAACGCAAUGGAAUUGGUGAAAACGUGGACUGAACGGUCACCUCAAUUCAAGUUCAUUAUUCAAGACAUUCAGAAGGAAAAAGUGUGUGGAAAUUUGACAUUGCAACAUCACAUGCUAGAGCCAGUACAACGCAUUCCACGCUACGAGAUGCUUCUGAAGGACUACCUAAGGAAAUUGCCUCAGGACUCUCUAGACUGGAAAGAUGCUGAAAAAUCCUUGGAAAUCAUAUCCACUGCAGCAAGUCAUUCGAAUAGUGCAAUAAGAAAAAUGGAGAAUCUAAAGAAAUUGUUAGAGAUAUAUGAGAUGCUGGGAGAAGAGGAGGACAUUGUGAACCCUUCAAAUGAACUGAUAAAAGAAGGGCAGAUCCUUAAACUCGCUGCUCGCAAUACGUCUGCUCAAGAACGGUAUCUUUUCCUAUUUAACAAUAUGCUGCUCUACUGCGUCCCCAAAUUCAGCCUGGUAGGAUCAAAGUUCUCAGUUCGAACUAGAGUUGGCAUAGAUGGCAUGAAGAUUAUAGAAACUCAUAAUGAAGAAUAUCCACACACUUUUCAAGUGUCUGGAAAAGAGCGAACACUGGAGUUGCAGGCCAGUUCUGAACAAGAUAAGGAAGAAUGGAUAAAGGCGCUUCAGAAUACUAUAGAAGCUUUUCAGCAGAGGAAUGAAACUUUCAGAAAUGCUAUUGCUAAAGAAUAUGAAGACAUGCCUGUUGAAGUUUCUAAUGCUGAGCUUGGGAAGAGAGCACCCAGGUGGAUACGAGACAAUGAAGUAACCAUGUGCAUGAAAUGCAAGGAGCCCUUUAAUGCACUGACGAGGAGAAGGCACCACUGCCGAGCAUGUGGACAUGUGGUUUGCUGGAAAUGUUCUGAUUACAAGGCACAUCUCGAGUAUGAUGGCAAUAAAUUGAACAAAGUCUGUAAGGACUGCUAUCAUGUUAUAAUUGGUUGUACAGACAGUGAAGAAAAGAAGAAGAAAGGCAUCUUGGAGAUUGAAUCUGCAGAAGUCUCUGGAAAUAGUGUCAUAUGUAGCUUUCUUCAGUACAUGGAAAAAUCAAAGCCCUGGCAGAAAGCAUGGUGUGUUAUACCUAAACACGAAGCUCUUGUGCUGUACAUGUAUGGUGCUCCACAGGACGUUAAAGCUCUGGCUACAAUUCCACUUCUGGGCUAUACAGUAGAUGACACUCCGAGAAGUGCUGACCUCCCACACAGCUUCAAACUGACCCAGUCGAAGUCUGUGCACAGCUUUGCUGCGGACAGUGAGGAACUGAAACAGAAAUGGCUAAAAGUUAUCCAUUUAGCUGUCAAAGGUGAGACACCAGAAUGUCAAAAUGAACUACAGGUGAACUCAGAAGAGCAACCUGAAGCUUCUAAAACAUCUGAAUGCUGAAGCUCAAGAACACAUGGCAUUUUUAAAAGAUUUUGGUUGAAUUUGUGGUUAACCUUUGUGUUAACCUCUCUUUGCUCAAUCAAGAAAAAAAUAAAUUAAAAACAAACAAACAAAAAAAAAAAACCCACCAAACUUCUUACUACCAUACACAUCUUAGCACUUUAUGUUUGGGAAAAAAUCUGGUCUUUUUAGGGAUCUUUUUCUUAUAUUUAUGUUCUGUCAAUAAAAGUGAUGUACAGGUCCAUUUCAGAGACUUUUUUAAAAAAUGUGAAUGCUAUUAAAAAUACUUACUAACUUUACUGUACUACUUGUUUGUCGUGAUGCAAAUUUUUUUGAAAAUCCAGUUGCUCUUCAGUUAACAUUUGCUACUUUCAUUAAGAAUGCAAAUAUUGAAGCUUCCUACUUACAUGUUAGGACUUGCAACAGGAUAAAAGAUAUACCUCCACAUUGCCAAAAUAGAUCUGUAGUUAAAUAUGCAGGGACAGUUUGGUUUCAUGUAUGUAGUUUAUAAAUUGAAUUCCACAGGUCUGUACAUAUGUUGUAUUCACUUGUCUCUUUUUAAUUAAAGUAAUGCAAAUUGCUUUCGCAGGUAUAUUGGCUUUUGAAGUUUCAAUUUAUCAAGGAAACAAUCUAAGGAUUUUCAAUCUAGAAACGAAUACCUAAAUUAUGAGAAAGGAUUAUAUAUGUACAGUAUUAAAAAUGUACAAUACUUGAUUUUUGCUUUGAUUUCACGAUACUGGGUUCCUAUUAAUGAAUAAUUUAUUUAAAAAGCAUGUUUUCAAUUUGAAAUUAAACACAGUCCUAAAUUAACAAAUACUGUUCAGUGAUUUAAUAGCUGACAUUUAAUGAUCUUGAUAUUUUUAUGCAUUAAAAACAUAGCAGUAAUGUAAGUGGCAUGCAGUGGACAAAUAAGUUCCAGUUGUGUUUAAAAGAGUAGUCGCUUUUCUUCAGUGUCCUAUCACUGUUAUCUUUUGAGAGUGCAGUAGUUUGUUACUCAAAUGCAGUACGUGGUUUGGAAAAGCAACAAAUUCUAGUAACCUUCUGGGAACGUGUAUUUUUGCUAUUAUGGUUAUUGGAACAGAACAUUUUGAACUUCAGUCGUUUAAUUUUUGCAGAAGAUUAGAUAUUGUAAUAGUUAUUUAUGACAACAAUCUUCAAGGAUUAUUGUUGUAAAGUGGGGCCUGCUUUAUACGCGUCUAGUAUGAGGUCUGAGCCUGCAAACCUCAAGCUGCAUUAACUGACAUUAUUUGCAUUCUGGUUUUGGGAAUAAGGACUUGUUUGCUUUACAGUAUUAAGUCCCUUGUGAACGUCCAUUCUUAUUAGGGUUUUCAUACAUAGAGGCAAAUCACCUCCCUAAAAUUUUUACUGUAACAUCCUUGAGAUAAAAUAUGACAAAUUCAGAUGUAGUGAUUGACUAUCAAGCAGACAAUUAAAAUCACUGACAUCUUUUCUGACCCCUCGAAGGAAGGAAAAUAUGUAACUUCUACAAUCAACUUGUCAUAAGAACAUUCAGGAGUCUUACUUGUUAAUAUAAUUGCAAUCUGUAUUUUAAAUCAUGUCAAGCUGAAGAGCUCAGGUUCAAGUCCAGUUUUGUUAGUAACAUGAGGGCAGAUUUAAAUGGUCACUUUUUUAUAAGAUUUUCAGACAAUGUAUUCCCUGAAAUCCCACUCCCACUUUAAUCUUUUUGUGACACUACAGGGGGAAAAAAAAAAAAAAAAAUUAUUUAGCAUUUAACUUGUUAAAGUAACCUCUGUUUUUAGUGUCAAGCAUACUUGAGUACACAGUGUCUAUCAUUCUUCAGUAAGAAGAAUAUCAUGCAACUUAAUGUUAGUGGGCUGGAUUUUGUGCUCUCCCACACAAAUCCAAAAUCUACCAUGGCCUUUAGACUUCAAAGCUUUAAGCUGGCGUUGCUAAUUAACCAGGACGUGGCAUUGCAGAGUACUAACUCUACAGCUAACUUUACGGAUGCCAGUUCUGAAUUAUUCCUUGGGUGCUCCGUGUGUCCGGGUUAUUCAGCAUGUAACUCUAGUAUUACUUUUACCUGAUGUGCAAGCUUUUCUGUAACUCUCUAAGAAACUUUUAAGUUAUUUCUACUGUCAGCUGUAUUUAUUUAUGGGCAGCUCAAGCCCCUUUUGAUUAACGUUGGUGAGUAGCAUCACAUCUUCACCCGGGUCUCCCUAAGUGUCACGUUAGGUGUACCUUGGUGAGGGACGGGGGGACGGUCAGGUAAGCAGGAACUCUCCAUGGCUAACUUUCUUUCACGGUCAUCUCCUGAAAAUGGGUAUCUUCCAAAAGAGUCUCAAGUGCAAUUGUGGGAUCUGGAGGGUUGUCUUACCACAUACUGAUGUAUAAAAAAUAUUGUUUCCCACAUUCAAGUUGUUGUGUGUAAGGGGAGAAGUUGCCUUAAUGGAGUCCCUGGAUGAGACAGACUGAGCUGUUCUUCAAAUGAUAUGACGGUGUGACUGUCAUCAUGUAGUACACUCUGUUUUCUAGGCUCCUGCAAACUUAAUUCUGAGCCAAGCAGAAAGUUAUAUUCCAGCUAAAUUAUUAGGGAAAUUAUUAGAAGCAGCAAUUUCUGGGCUGCCUUACUGUUACAGUGGUAUUGAGUAUUCGAAGCUGCCUGAAUGAUUUCAGCAUCUCCCAGACGUAUAGGUAUGUAGUGUGGGAUAUUUUAUUUACCCUAGUGAAACCUAUUUCUUGUUCUCUCAAUCAGUUGUUUGGUUAGAAUUGUUCUCUCCUGAGUCAGAAUGUCUGGGCACUCAAAUGCAUACUUCUGCGUGUAUUUUGUAGGAAAUGUAUGUACCACCAAUAUUAAAGGAGAUCAGAAGACGGAGAAGUUGCUUCUAGAUUUACCCACUCUGUUUUACUCCAUUCUCCCCAGACAGACCCCCCUUACAGCUUCCAAAACUUUUUCUUUAAAUUAUGGCCACAGAGGAACAAAUUCAAAGUAUUAACUGCUGAAGCUUAAGUAUCAUGGCCAAAGCACUCAAAUUAAAACCAUCGUUCUACAAGGUAAAGGCUGUUCCCAUUUCAACUGUUAAAUUCUUUCUUUAAUUUAAAAAAAAAAAAAAUUGAAAAAAAAAAAAGGCAUUAAGUGGAUUAACAUAAAGCUGUGUGUGUAAGGAAUAAACUAUAACCAAGCAUUCAUUCAUAAUAAAUGAAUGUAUGUAAAUGGCUCUGCUGAAUUAUUUAAGCUUUGCGAUUCUUGUGUUCAAGAAACGCUUGUUUCUCACUUUAAAAGUGAUCAGAUUUCUGUGCAAUUUAAAGCAAAUCAAAAGUUAGUUUGUACAGCUUUAUCAAUUCCACCAGAACAAUGGCUUAAUUUUAUCAUUAAUAAGUUUGAAAUGUAUCCAUUUUUUUUUUUUUUCCAAAUGACUUAAUAUUUUUCCCCUAUUAUGGAAAAAGAGUGUAUCAUGACAAGUGCACGUCUGCACCAUUCUUCCAGAUCCUCUAAAAAUUGCUCUCUGGUAUCAGGUACUCCUGCUUGGUCGAAGAGCUGCCUCAAAAUCUACAGCAUCGAAUACUUUCAAAUCCAUUUACACUGAGUAGUUUUGUUUAUUCCAAAAUGUAUUUAAUUUUUAUGUGCAAAAUAGAUAUUGAGAAUGCAAAACAUUCUCUUUUACUCGGACUAGAAUAUUAAACCACUUUAAAUGUAUGUAAUAUAUGGUGGCAACUUUUUAUGCAAAACCAUCUCAAAGUGCUUUUUAAAUAUCCUCAAAGAUUCUAAGUCCCUUACAUAGAAAAGAGGAUGUUUAUUCUUCGUAUUUUUAAAUUAUGGAUGAAGCCAAGGCACUGAUUAAAAAUAUAAUAAAUACACUACCACCUGAGUAAAUUUUAGAUGAGGUUAUAGAAGUAUGCUCUAAAGAGUUCCAAGUGGAGGCAGGAGUCAAAAAAAAAAGUAUAUAUAAAAAUAAGUGGGAAAGAUGUGGAAACACUUGACAGGUUCUUUGGCUUUUGUUGUUUUUGUUGUUUUUUUUUUUUUCUUUUUUUUUUUUUUUGUUUUUUAACCUACAUCACCACAUAUCCAGUCUAAAAACUGGUCAGCUUUUCAUUUCAAACCAAAAUUAAAUAAAAUGAAGAGAGGCUAGUGGUUCCUUAUACUGAAGGAAAGUCUUUCAGGAAAGAAAGAAACAUCCCAUGUAGCAAUAAUUCUAAGCAAUGGAUCUUUCGAGAUCUUUAGCUGGUGUAAACUAGCAUAGACCUGCUGGAGCUGUUAUACCUUCAAUUAUUUAAAUUAAUGUAGGAUCUGCCUUACAUUAUAUAGAGACACCUGAGGAAAAUCAAGAUUUCACCAGUUUGAGAGCUGCUGGUUUACUAUGUCCCAUCUGGAAUCACAGUGCUCAACUGAACUUCAGAUGGGUUUCAGUUGGAAAUAAUUGAUGUAGGGGUGAAUGUGAACAGCUGGAAAUAUAUAUCUAAAAAUACAUGAUUGGAGAAGAGAAAAAAAUGUUGUGGCAGAAUUUACUAUCCUUAAGAUAAAUCCAUUGGGGAAACGGGCACCAUUCUUAGUCUGUGAUGUACUGUUAUUUGAAAACUGAAAUUAAAUAUAUGGAGUUACAUUUUUUUUCUCCAGUCUGUGGCCCUGUUGGUAUGAGGAACUGCCCUAGCUGGGUCUGACCCGUGGGACUGUAGUGAAGUGUGUUCCUUGGGUAGGAGUUUUAAUCUGCUAGUCAGAUUGUUUCCUAAAUCCUUUUCCUUUAACAGAACAUAACUUAAUGAUUGCAUAUGUGUGUGUAUAUAUACACAUAUGCCUACGUAUGUGUGUGUAUAUGUAUAUAUGUGUAUUUAUAUAUUUGAGACUAUUAUUCAGAUGACCUGUUUUCAAGCAGUAUUUUACAAUCAAAAAAUACACUGUGCUGCGUUGAAGAUAUAAUGUAUAUUGACUGUGUUGAGUACUGUUUUCAGAAGAAAAAAAUUGACAGAAUUAGAUCUGCUUUUGUGGCAUGUUUCCUAUUUCAGCCUAAUUUAAAAACUAACAAACAGCAAACAUGCUAAAUUCACUAAGGCAUUCAGUCUGCUUCCUUUAAAACCUCACGAUUAAAUUUCUUCCCAGACUCAACUAUGGCAUUUUGCUUUUAGCCCUUCCAUUUCCUAGCACAAAUGAAUGUAGAAUGUGGGUUUUCUCUAAUAUCUUCAAGCAGAUUUCUUUGAAUAAAACGUAUUUUUCAGCCACUGCAUAACACCAACCUACUUCAGUUCCUAGUUAAUACUUGUAGAUUCAUUAACUAUUUAUGGUGAAAAUAUUCAGAAAAGUGGGAACUAUGUCAAAGCAUUUUUGCAUAUAUGUGCCCUAGUAUUUUUAAGAAAGAAGCCAAAUUUGUUGCAUAUAGGGAAGAGUUUGCAAUAGAAGUGUUUUAUUCUAUUAGCGUGUUUUCUGUUACGCAGCCCUCAAGGCAGAUUAAUACAUUCAUUUUAGUGGGAGCUGGAUCAGCUGUAAUGUUUGACAUCAGAAUUAUAGGCUAUACCUGUUAAUUCCCCUUCAUUAUGGAAACAUUUCAGGUUGUAAUUGCGAAAACAUUUAAAAAAAAAAAAAAAAAAAAAAAGACAAAAAACCAAACUAAUAUUUGGAAGAGGUGUAAAUUUGUUCUGGUUUUGCAAUAAAGUGAAGAAUAUUAAAAAGGAGAAAUUUAAAUGCCAUUGUAAGUUGUGCAAAUGUAAGUGGUCAUUUUUAUGGUCAAGAAAUAUAUGAAUGUAAAAAAAUUUCAGAUAUUGUAUAUAUUUUCUGUAAUAUAUGUAUAUUUGGUCAUAAGGUGGGUGGAGAAUUGUAAAAAUUAAGCACUUUAAUUCCUGUUGAGUACUCGAAAAGGAAUUUGUAUCCUGUAAAAUAAAAGCAUCAUUAAA